GUGUGAAACGUGCGGUAAAAAUACUUAACAGCGAUUGUGAUAACAACAAAACCAAAUUAGAUAAUACGUGUUCAACAAUAUAAUUUAAUCCAUAGGUAAUCAACAUAAUAAAUUUGAAUAAAAAGGACAAUGGCAUCAAUUAAUUCCUUACCAUUUGAGGUGCUGGAGAAAGUUUUCUCUUAUCUUCCGUUCAAGGAUAUCUGCAACGUCGGUCAGGUUUGCCAUGUAUGGAGAGAUGUUCAGAGCGGUCCUAUUUUUCAGCGACGAUUUCGCUCAAAGCUGCAGGGUUAUUUCCGUAAGGAGAGCUCGCCGGUCAGUUUAAAAUUUUUAAACACAUGUAGAAACCUAUCUAUAGUGCAACUAUAUAACAAUGCUGAUAAUUGCGAUUCAGAGGAACAAGGUCAUACGGAGGACAUCGCUGAACAAAACAUAGCAAAUAUCUUGUUCGGAACAGAGGAGUUGUACAGUUUACAAAUAUUAGGCAAAUAUAAAAGUUUGAAAAGGAUUAUACAAACUAGGAUAGGCGAAUUAUCGUUCUUAAAAGAGUUGAGGGUUUCGUUUUGCUAUGAUGGAGAAAAAACCUGCCCGGAAGCCGACGAUCAAGUUUGGUUGUUGAAAAGUAGCAGUUUGGAGAGUUUCAGUGUUGGCUUGCCGUACUCGGUUGGACCAUUGCAACUUGAAGCCCCAAACUUGAAAGAAUUGCACCUCACAGUUAGCUGCGACGUUAUAGUGAGGCUGGUAGAGCAGUACAGCAAACAAUUAGAAGUGCUGGAAAUGAAUCUGUUUGAUAUCGAGACGCUGGACCAGAUUCUGGCUUAUAGUUAUCCUUGUUUGGAACAGCUGGAGUUGAGGAUGUACGACGACAAGGAACUUCAAUGCAGCUAUGCUCAAACUGCAGAUCGUGCGGAGGACGAUGAACGUUCACGUAUGUUCACUAACCGUGCGCCUUCGCUCAAAAAAAUGUGUGUGCAAAGUAACGUGGUGUUUUAUAAAAUAUUCCCUACGUGGUGUUCAUUGAAGACGAGCUUGGAGAGCAUUGAGUUGCAGAAUAUGGAAAUCGACGCCAAUAUACUGAUCAACGUUUUGUUGAUCCAACCAUUGAAGAAUUUAACGAUUCAGCAAUGUGAAAUUGUUAACGAUUUGCCUGGCCUGCACAUACGGAUGGUGAACCUUGAGCAACUGAAGCUGGUUAGUGUUGUGAAUAACGUUCUGCUGGAGCAUAAUUUUUGCGAUCUCAAACGUUUUGAGCUGGUGCAUGGAUUCAAAUAUGGGAACGAUUUGCUGCAGAAGGUUUUCUACAACUUUACGUCGGUGCAGCACAUGAAGCUACACUUUAGAACAAUGCUUGACGAAGAUGCCCUCCUGAAACUCCACCAGAUGAAAAGUCUCAGAUCGUUAGAAUUACGGGCCACAGAAGUGACAGUUGAACACUGGAACGCUUGCCAGCCGUUGGCGACGGUUGAGCAGUUUACCUUGAGCAACUGUUUCAUGGUCAGAUUUUCUAUGUUUGGAGCUUUGAGCCGAGUGUUUCCAACGCUUAAACGAUUGCAUGUAGAUUGUUGCCAUAUCGUUGAUGACACGGGUGGGGCUGAUGCGGUAGUCGAUGGGAGCUGCGAGAGAAAGCUAAGGCAAAUGUUGCCCAGUUGUAUUGUAUCAUGGCAUGAAUCAGUACAAAUAACCCCUCUAACAUUGAAACAAUUGCUCAUGUGACAUGUAACCGAAGUCGUUAUGAAAUAGGAGUGUGUCAAAGAUGUAGGUACCAUUUAGGUCUAACAGUAGGAGAUCAAUCUCAGGAAAGUUUAGAGUCUAUUUAAAGAAUAAAUAUUUUUUUAUUUGCUUUGUAA